AUUGGAGACGGGGACGGCGGAGGUGCUCCUCGGAAUCACAACGAUGAGUUCCCCAAAUCCCUCGUUUUUGAUCAUCGUGGUGGUCCUCGUCUCCGUCUUGCCGGCGAAUUCAUCGCCGGAUUUUCUCCUCAGAGCUAGGGAACCGGAGUUCUAUGAGUGGAUGGUGGGCGUGCGGCGAACGAUCCAUGAAAACCCGGAGCUUGGCUACGAGGAGUUCAAGACCAGCGAGCUCAUCCGGAAGGAGCUUGAUGCCAUGGGAGUCUCGUAUAAGCACCCCGUUGCUGUUACGGGGGUUGUUGGCUUUGUUGGAACCGGGAAGCCGCCGUUUGUUGCUUUGAGGGCUGAUAUGGAUGCUCUGGCUAUGCAGGAGAGCGUGGAGUGGGAGCAUAAGAGUAAAGUUCCUGAUAAGAUGCAUGGCUGUGGUCAUGAUGGGCAUGUUGCAAUGCUGCUUGGUGCUGCUAAGAUCCUUCAGGAACAUCGCCAUGAAAUAAAGGGAACAAUCAUCCUUCUGUUUCAACCAGCCGAGGAGGGAGCUGGUGGGGCGAAGAGAAUGAUAGAAGCUGGAGCUGUGGACAAUGUCGAAGCCAUUUUUGGCUUUCACUUGGCUGCAGAUGGCACAGUUGGCACAGUGCAAUCCAGGCCUGGACCGAUUAUGGCUGGGAGUGGUUUCUUUGAGGCAACAAUUACUGGAAAAGGUGGCCAUGCGGCCAUCCCUCAACAUACAAUCGAUCCCAUUAUAGCUGCAUCCAAUGUCAUCGUAAGCUUGCAGCAUCUUGUUUCACGUGAAGCUGACCCCUUGGAUUCGCAGGUGGUAACAGUUGCAAGAUUUCAAGGCGGCAGUGCGUUUAAUGUCAUUCCAGAUUCUGUUAGCAUUGGUGGCACUUUCCGUGCCUUCUCAAAAGAGAGCUUCUUGCAGCUGAGACGGAGAAUAGAGGAGGUUAUAGUAGCUCAAGCGGCAGUUCAAAGAUGUAAUGCAACCGUGGAUUUCCUCAAAGAAAGACAGCCUUUCUUCCCUGUCACAGUAAAUAGCAAUGAUCUCCACGAACACUUCGAGAAGGUUGCAGGGGAAUUGCUUGGAUCCAGCAACAUCUUGGACAGGGUGCCACUGAUGGGAUCUGAAGACUUUGCUUUCUUCACAGAUGCCGUCCCGCAAACAUACUACUACUUUGUAGGGAUGCAGAAUCAUUCCCAUGCAACCUUAGCGCCUGCGCAUUCCCCGUAUUUUCAGAUCAAUGAAGAAGCACUUCCAUAUGGAGCAGCUCUUCAUGCAUCCCUGGCCUUUCAAUACCUCUCUGAAUCCCAUACUUCUUCUCCAGUUGGUGAGAAGAAAUUCCAUGAUGAACUGUAAUAAUUCUUUUUUCUUUUUCUUUUUUUUUUAGUUAUCUUAACAAAUUGGAGAUUGAAAUCCUUUAGCAUUAGUUAGUUAUGUUUUGGGCUCUUUUUUUUUUCUUGCAUGUGUAACCAGAGAAGUCUGCUGUGUAUAUUUGAAAGGUGCAUUACUUAAAAAUGCAGAAACUCGGCUUCUCUGGUUCAGCAUUGUAUUUUCAUCUUCUCUCUGAUUUAAAGGAGCUAUUUUUCUCAGCAAAAGAACAUCUUAUAUUU